AAUGAAGCAUGAGCAUCGAUUGGUAAUAAACCACCUCCAUUUCGAGUAAUAUAAACUAUCUUUCUGAAACUGGGUGCCUGUGCGUGUAUCCAUAAAUUCUAACGACCCAAUCUAAUACAAGCAUUGCUAACAAAUGGCCCUGCUCGCCAGAUUGUUAUUCUCUUGCCCGGGGAACAGUUACGGAUAGGCAAAGUUCUCGAAGUGCCACGUUAAAUGAAAUUACGCACCGAGCCAAUUUUGGAUGUCAUGUUGGUAACAAUGGAUCGUUAUAUAAGAGAUACCCCAAAAGCCUCUGUAAUGAUUUUGCAUUUACCGGCGACUUUAACACGAGAUAGAAACUGAAGUUACUUUCUAAUUAGUUGCCCAUAAGUUUUCACUCGAUUGACAAGUUUUUCCGACGAUUUUCCGAUUGGCCAAUCUAGAGGACAGAGAGUCACUCGGAAACUCGAAGAACUUCCUACUGGUUCCGAUACGCGAAAAUCCCAGUAUAAAAUUGACGAGGCUGUACACAAUGUAAAACAAUCGUAGUGGGAUGGCUAUACCAACCCGUUCACCAAGAUGGGCGUGUACCGAGUUCGCUGAUUGCAGAGUCGGGAUACUUUGCCAGAGAUACGAGCCUGACAAUCGCCAUUAAUUCAGUGCUAUGAUAUUCCGAUCACGUAACCUUUGGUUCAACAACUGAUGGGAGUUACGUGCCAUUAACCUCACGGGUUCAAAUCGUUAUAGAGAAUUGCACAAGAGUCUUAACUUCGAGGUCGCAUGCGUUUAUUAGCAUAUCUGGCAAUAUCAAGUUACAGGCGUUUUGUAUACAGAUAAAGAAAGGUGAAAUCCGUACAAGCAUUUACCUUCCCGUGUUACGUUUAGGUGUCAUCAUGGGGAGUCUGCAUGCGGUCCAACCAGUAAUAAUGCAAGGAAGAAACUCCUUCGAGCUCUACGGUUACGAUAUUCUCAUUGACGAAGCCUUGACUCCUUGGUUACUCGAGGUGAACGCCUCGCCAUCCUUGACCGCCACAGACGCUGAAGAUCAUCGAUUAAAAUUCGAUAUGCUCGACGACCUCCUGACGAUUUUAGACUUCGAGGGAUACCUGACAGGUCGAGAGACUAGAAUCGGUGGAUUCGAUCUUCUCUGGGACGAUGGACCCAUAUGGAUAUCAUAUCCCAGUAUCUCAAAGAUAUCUACCAAAGGAACAAACUCUCUCGCCGGUACGAAGAGACUGAACAUAUUCCUGGGAGCCCGUAACGAUCGUGUCCGGCAACUUCAGCAGCUUCGAUGCUCACGGCUGAAAAGCUGGAUAGCAACAAGAAGUCAUUCCCAAGAGCGAUCGAUGGGAAACGGACUUCUGCAUCAGGAACCACAGGUACGUUUACUAAUGGCGGGAUAUAUAAAAAGAAAGCCAUGUAAAACCAAAGCGGUCGGAGUUUUAUAUACAGUUCGGGGCAACUGUUACAGCACUUGUGUACCUAGGUAUAUUUAGGUAUUUUUUUUUUAUUUUUUUUUAGUAGCGUAAACUAUUCCAGGGAUCUCGCGGUGUUCAAUUUCAUCCGUAGCAGCAGCUGCCUGAGACUAACAAGCACAAAUUAGAUGGGCGAAGCUGUUGGCUGCAGGUUGCCAGGAUACGCACAUGCAUAUUCAUGCAUACGAAGUACACUACUCCGUCCGAAACGUCGCUCGGUUCGUUCUACUUCCGUGCGCUUCUCUUUUGAAUCUUCAAGUUUCCUCGCGCGCUACGACCACCGUCGUCACUUGGA